GCGUGACCAGGCCGUGGGAGAUCAGUGUAACUGUGGGAAGAUGGAGGAGUAUGAGAAGUUCUGUGAGAAUAGUCUUGCCAGAAUCCAAGAGGCAUCACUAUCCACAGAGAGCUUUCUACCUGUCCAGUCUGAAAGCAUCUCACUUAUUCGCUUCCAUGGAGUGGCUGUGCUUUCUCCGCUGCUUAACAUUGAGAAAAGAAAGGAAAUGCAACAAGAAAAGCAGAAAGCACUUGAUGUAGAAACAAGAAAGCAUGUUAAUAGGAAGAAAGCUUUAUUGACUCGUGUCCAGGAAAUUCUUGAAAAUGUUCAGGUUAGAAAAGCACCUAAUGCCAGUGAUUUUGAUCCAUGGGAGACUGAAACAGUUUACUGUGAUUCAGAAGUCAGAAACUUGAAUGUCCCUGUUACAUUUCCAAAUAUCUUGCCAAGCCCUACUGAACACUCUACUUUAGGAAAGUUUGAAAAGAUAACUGGAAUUUUGCCAUUGAAUCAUGAGGACCAAUUUAAAUCUAAUGGGAUAGAUUUAGCUAAGGACUCAGAAUUUAAUUCUCUGAAGCACUGUGAUAGUUCAGAUAUUGUUACCCCUGUGGAAAAUGAAGCUUCUGCAAAGACCCCCUCAGCAACCCCUCAGGAGAGUCUUCUCUCCGAUGGUCACUUCCCAACCAGUGAAGAACAGGACCCGACACUUUUGGAGGAAGUUACUACGGAUCCCUACAUAAUGAGUCUUCAGAACCUGAUGAAAAAGUCAAAGGAAUAUAUAGAAAGAGAACAAUAUAGAUGCAGCCUGAAAAGUAGUGCAAAGAGGCGUGUUCAUGAGAGUCAUUCAGAUAAAGAAAACGAGGCUGUUAAAGUGACUGACUAUGGAAAGGAGAAGGUGCAGUUGACUAGCAGACACUGUGCUUCAGUGAUUCCUGACAAACCAAGCCUUAAUAAAUCAAAUGUUCUUCUCCAAGGUGCUUCCACUCAAGCAAGCAGCAUGAAUGCGUCUGUUUUAGGUAGCUUUUCUAAAGUGGACAUACCUGUACGAACUGGCCAUCACACUGUUGUAGACCCUGAUUCUGAUUUUAAAGUCAUCCCCACUUUUGUUCCCGAAAGUAACGUUAUCAAAAGUCUUACUGGUUCAUAUGCCAAAUUACCUAGUCCAGAGCCAAGCCUGAGUCCUAAAAUGCAUCGAAGGCAUUCUAGGCCAUCAUCAGCAUGUCAUAUACUUAUAAAUAACCCAAUAAAUGCCUGUGAGUUAAGUCCUAAAGGAAAAGAGCAGGCGGUAGACUUAGUUGUUCAAGAUACUGAUGAAAAAACAAAUGUACCUGAAACUGUGCCAAAGUUACCAGUUGAUUUAGCAGGAGUUUGUCCAAGCAAGGUUUAUGUCAGCAAAAAUACAUCUGAAGCCAUACAGGAAGCGGUUUUAGGUAAAUCAAAUCAGGUAUGCCAGUCUUCAGGAAAUCAGUUAGAAAACAAGGUCAUUCAUGGACUUGCUGUCAUGGAAGGUCAGUUAACAUCUGAUGGGAGAGGACCACCCAAAAUGGACGGUGUGUGUACUGCAAUGCCAAGAUCGCAUGAGCCAUAUGCCACCAGUCAGUGUGUAGUGAGUCAGAACUUCGGAACUGUGAGCGCACUCAAGUCAGCCAAUGUGUUAGAGAAAAAUGCCUGCAAUUUACAAAUGGAACUGAAUAAGUCUUAUGAUGUAAAAAACCCAUCUCCUUUACUGAUGCAAAACCAGAAUACCAGACAGCAGAUGGACACCCCUACAGUGUCCUGUGGAAAUGAACCAUUUUUGGAUAACAGUUUUGAGAAAGUUAAACGGAGACUUGAUUUAGAUAUUGAUAGUUUGCAGAAAGAAAACUGCCCUUUUGUCUUAGCAACUGGAAUAGCUGAACAGGAAAGGCAGCAUUUGCCAGAAAAAAGAUACCCCAAGGGAUCUGUCUACAUCAACAAGAAUAACAUGUUAGACAGUAGUUCCAAAGAAGGCGAGGAGAUAUUAAAAAGCAAGAUGUUAGCUUUUGAAGAAAUGCGGAAGAGGCUAGAAGAACAGCAUGCCCAGCAGUUAUCACUACUCAUAGCUGAGCAGGAAAGGGAACAGGAAAGAUUGCAGAAGGAAAUAGAAGAACAGGAGAAAAUGUUAAAAGAGAAGAAGGUGAUUGCAGCUGAAGCAUCUGAAUCAGGCAUUAACAACACAGUGGACUUAGAAUGGAGAAAAAUAAGUGAGUCUGGUUUGCUGGAAACAAUGCUGUCUCAGGUGGACUCGCUCCAUCCUUCAAACGCUAGUUCUGGUUUCACAAACUCUGCCCUGCAGCAUAGCUUUGCUUCUGCAAAUGAAGCACCCUUCUACCUCUGGGGAUCAUCAACUAGUGGCUUGACCAGAGUCUCAGUAACAAGGCCUUUUGGAAGGGCCAAACCUAAAUGGUCUCAGGUUUUCAGUCCGGAAGUACAAACAAAAUUUAACAAGAUAACUGCAGUGGCAAAAGGAUUUCUUACUCGUAGGCUUAUGCAGACAGAUAAGCUGAAACAACUUCGCCAAACUGUGAAAGACACUAUGGAAUUCAUAAGGAGUUUUCAGUCAGAAGCACCAUUGAAGAGAGGAGUUGUUUCAGCACAAGAUGCUUCUCUUCAGGAAAGAGUGUUAGCUCAGUUGCGAGCUGCCCUGUAUGGUAUUCAUGACAUAUUCUUUGUAAUGGAUGCAGCGGAAAGAAUGUCUAUUCUACAUCAUGAUCGAGAAGUUCGCAAAGAGAAAAUGCUCAGGCAAAUGGACAAAAUGAAAAGUCCACGAGUGGCCCUGUCGGCUGCAACACAGAAGUCUCUCGAUAGGAAGAAGUACAUGAAAGCUGCUGAAAUGGGAAUGCCAAAUAAGAAAUUUCUGGUUAAACAAAAUCCUUCUGAAACAAGAGUCCUUCAGCCAAACCAAGGACAGAAUGCACCCAUUCACAGGCUACUUAGUAGACAAGGAACCCCUAAGACAUCAGUGAAGGGGGUUGUGCAAAAUAGACAGAAGUCUUCACAGAGCAGAGUGCCUAACACAGCGCCUGUUUCAGGAGUAUAUGCAGGAAAAAUCCAAAGAAAGCGGCCAAAUGUUGCGACAAUUUAAGAAGACAACAUUCGUUAGGAUAAACAAGGGGCGGGAUGGGGGGCUUCAUGCUUACUGUUUUCCCUGCCCAGGACUCUUUAGUUAACCCUGGACUGUUUACACAGGCAAAGUGACAUCAAAGGGCUGAGCAAUAUCUGCAGACUUGAUCAGUCUGGCUAAUUCCUUCCCUACACCCUCAUUAUCCUCUUAACAUUAGGUCUGGGUGAAGACACAGUAGUAUUUAGUAAUCGACCAUCUCUUUGCUUAACCUGUACAAACUUAAGUUUGUUUUCUGUACCCAGAUGUCUGCUGAGAACGUUUUUUGUAA